AUGAGCAUCGACGAAUCCAUCGAGGCCCUGCUGAAAUGGGCCUCGGACAACUCAAUCACUCUUAAUGGCAUACAACCAGAGGUCCUGCCCGGUAGAGUGACCUCCCGUCUCAAGGGGGCAACUGUCCACGCCAUCCUUGCCACAGCACUGUCUCUGGACAUGAACAGCCCGCCAGAGGACUUUCUGCCCUGGAAAGCCGUCUUUCCCACAAAGACCGAUAUUCAGACGCUCAUGCCGCUCUGCUGGCCUUUGGAACUACAAGCCCUGUUGUCAGACACCUCACAAGACCUUCUCUCCAAGCAAAGAGCCAAAUUCGAGAAAGACUGGGCGCUCGUGUCAAAAUCCUACCCCGACAUGUCACGAGAAGACUACCAGUACGCAUGGCUACUGAUCAACACACGAACAUUCUAUCACACCACCCCUCGGACGAAAAAGUCGCUCCUCAAAGACGACAGGAUCGCGCUACAGCCCGUCGCCGACCUCUUCAACCACUCUCCUGACGGCUGCACCGUGUCAUACUCGUACCAGGGCUUCACCAUCACGACCACAAAGCCAGCUUUAAAGGGGGAGGAGCUCUUCAUCCGGUAUGGAUUUCACUCGAAUGACUUUCUCCUGACAGAGUACGGAUUCAUCCUCGAGUCCAACACCUCAGAUAGCGUGUGUCUGGAUGAGUACAUCAAACCUCUGCUGAACAAGGAGAAGAAGAGUAUGCUCGACGGACGUGGUUACUGGGGACGAUACAUGCUUGGUAGAGAUGGAGCGUGCUACCGCACGCAAAUCGCCUUGCGAACACUGGUACUGAGAGAAUCCCAGUGGUUGAUGGUGCUUGAUGGUCUGAGGGGGGAGGACGUUGACCAAGACGCCGUCAACGACAUCUUGCUCAAGGUGCUAAGGCAAUAUCUGAAGGAUAUUGAGGUGGUCAAGGCAAAAGUCAACGACGCAAGCACGGGUGACAUUACACGAAACACGCUGCGGGAUCGUUGGCAGCAGAUCCAAGAUCUCAUAGAAGCCACGGUGAAAGAGAUAUCAUGA